CCUCCCCUCCCCUCCCCUCCCGAUUUGACGAGAGACGCGGCGAAGAAGAAGAAGGAGUCCAUCCUUGGCCAAGUGAAGAAGAGGAAGGAUGAAGAAGAUCUUCGGUGCCAAGAAGAACCAGGAACCCCCGCCCACCCUCCAGGAUGCCACCGAUCGGAUCGGCAAGAGGGGCGACUCCGUGGACGAGAAGAUCAAGAAGCUCGAUGCGGAGCUCGCCCGCUACAAGGAGCAAAUCAAGAAGACCAGGCCUGGCCCCGCCCAGGAAGCCAUCAAAGCACGCGCCAUGAGGAUCCUCAAGCAGCGAAGAAUGUAUGAAGGACAGCGUGAUAUGCUGUACAACCAAACAUAUAACCUUGACCAAGUAGCUUUUGCAUCAGAGGGACUUAAAGAUGCUCAGCAAACGAUGAGUGCAAUGAAGGCAGCUAAUAAAGAGCUGAAAGGGAUGAUGAAAACGGUCAAGCUUGAAGAUAUAGACAGCAUGCAAGACGAGAUGAUGGAUCUUAUGGAUGUUAGCAAUGAAAUACAAGAAACUCUCGGCAGAAGCUACAAUGUCCCUGAUGACAUCGACGAGGAAGAACUUAUGGGGGAGCUUGAUGCUUUGGAAGCUGACAUGGACUUUGAAUCAAAUUCAGUCCCCUCAUACCUUCAACCAGACAAGGAAUCAGAUCUAGAUUCUGAGCUUAACUUGCCUGCUGCACCAAUGGGUCACACACCCGCCCCACCAAACCGGCAGCAGGAGGAUGAACUUGGAUUGCCAACAGUGCCACAAGCAUCGAUCCGUAGUUGAUUGGACUCGUUGUAAAAACAUAAUGUCAUAUGCAAUAACGAAUUGAGCAUAUCUUUGCUCAUAUACCACUACAAUUUGUUAAUUAAGAUUGGAAAUAGCUUUUUCCAUUGUUCUGUUUAGGGUCUAUGUAAGAGCAUCUGUUACUCUUGGAAGUACAGUGUAAAUUUAAUUGGCUGCUGGGGCAUAUAAAAGUCCUUAUUCGGUUUUGGUGAU